CGUCAAGGUGACCCGCCCCGUCUGCUGCCGUGGAGCGGAUGGAUGUGGGUAGCGUGGAAGUGGAAUACUGUAAGGGACAAUGACGGGAGGCCAGUGGCAGUGACAGUGGAAAUAGACAAGCAAGCGGAGGCAUCCCGUCCCUUCAUCCCACGGGGUUUGGGUUUGAUCUCUCUUCUCUCAUUACCUCUCCCCGGCCUUCACAAGUUUCCAUUGUGAACGUCAUUUCACAGAUUUCCCCCUUCAUCCUUAUUUCUGAAAACGAGGGACAUUCCAAUAACCCCAUACGGUCAGUCGCACUUGCACAGGGCUUACACCCCGUCACCGUUUCCGUUGCAGGCCAAGUACGUACUCCCACCUAUUGUGGAGUUGGUGGGACCUGCCCUCGGCCUGCAUUACACUCAGCGGAGACCCCCCAGGUCCCCUAUCGUCCUACCUGACAUGUGUACAUCUGGAGCGAGAGCUUGAACUCUGACAGCCGCCUUUCUUGUCCAGCCCAAUCUACUGCUGCCAAGCAUCCUCUCGUCUUGCUCUGCCACUCCUUCGCAGCCCAUUCCCGAAUCUCAGCUCCUCAGCCCCUCGUCCUGGUCAAUCGCAAGCCAGCCUACAAGUUUCGUCCAAGUUCACAGCUCGACCGGUUCGGUUAUCAGUGUCGAUAGCCUCCUGCCACUUGCACAUUCGAGAGCGGAAGGAAGAGAACCAAGCAGCUCUUCCCCCUCCCACAAUCCGUCUACCGCGCCUUCUUGCUUCGUUUCUCCAGACAUUGACACCAUGAGCUUCGCCAACAUGCUUAAUCGCCUUCACGGGCAGCCCGAAAGCUACGACAAGAAGUCCAAGUACUCCUUUGGUCGAACGCUAGGUGCUGGUACCUAUGGUAUCGUCAGGGAGGCCAGCGGCCCUACCGGCAGGGUUGCUGUCAAGAUUAUAUUGAAGAAAAAUGUCAAGGGCAACGAACAGAUGGUUCUUGACGAGCUAGAGAUGCUUCAGCGCCUCAAGCACCCUCACAUUGUGAAGUUUGUCGACUGGUUCGAGUCUAGGGACAAAUACUAUAUCGUUACUCAGCUUGCGACGGGAGGCGAGCUCUUCGACAGGAUCUGCGAGCAAGGAAAAUUCACAGAAAAAGAUGCUUCCCAGACCAUCAAGCAAGUCUUGGGUGCCGUCAACUACCUCCACGAGAACAACGUCGUCCAUCGGGAUCUCAAACCUGAGAACCUCCUAUACCUUACCCGGGAUGCCGAUUCGGAUCUAGUUCUGGCUGACUUUGGUAUCGCCAAAAUGCUGGAUAAUAAGGACGAAGUUCUCACCACUAUGGCCGGCUCGUUCGGUUAUGCGGCGCCCGAAGUUAUGCUCAAGCAGGGUCACGGCAAGCCUGUCGACAUGUGGUCAAUGGGUGUCAUAACGUAUACCCUCCUCUGCGGCUACUCGCCAUUCCGCUCCGAAAACCUUCAGGACCUCAUCGACGAAUGCAGCAGCGGCAGCGUUGUCUUCCAUGAACGCUACUGGAAGGACGUUAGCAACGACGCCAAGGACUUCAUUCUGAGGCUUUUGCAGCCCAAGCCAGAAAACCGGUGGACAAGCCAGCAAGCUCUGGCUCACCCCUGGCUGCGCGGCGAUUCCGCAACCAACCACAACUUGCUGCCUGAGAUCAAAGCGUACCUUACCAAGGCCCGCCUCAGACGCGGCAUCGAGAUGGUCAAGCUUGCGAACCGCAUCGAGGCGCUCAAGAUGCAGGAGGACGACCCGGAGAACACCGAUAUGCCUGGCGACGCCACACUUGCCGCCGACCAGGCCCAGUCCCGCCACCGUGCUCUAUCUUUGGCGAGCACCAAGGGCGGAUCCUCAGAUGCCGAGAACGCCACCGCGCCCGCCGAAAAGCGGACACUCUCCAAGACUAUCAAGACGGCCAUCUUCCGCGAGGUCGUUUUGGCCAAGGUUCGCGAGAUGAAAGAGGCGGAGGAGGCCAACAAGCUAAAGGAAGAAGCGGAGACGAAGGCGAAGAGUUUCCAAGCCUAGAGGAGCUCGUGUAACAAUACAGGCAUAUGAGGGUGGGUUCUUGCUGAUGUUGUCGUUGAUGUUGUUUUAUACCAAAGCAUGCACAUCUCUGGAUGCAUGCGGAUAUGGAGUGAGUGUACGGGGGCACAUUGCGCGUUUUAGAUUGGGGUUCUGCGAAGCCAGCCCUGGUACAAUACUGGGCUCUAUGUUUGAUAUUGGGCUCCAGCGCUUUCAUUUCUCAGGAUAUCCGGUAGGAAGCGGAAGUCACGACUCUUGUGUUCUUGGGGACCAAUUUUACUCGACGAGAAUUCCUGCAGCGGUUCGCCAGCGUUAAAUAUAAUAUUAGCAAAUCUUUCUCGUGAAUGUCCUACGUCCAAUUGUUGCUGUUUGCCUACGUUGUCA